GGAAGUCCUGUGGCUUUUUUUCUGAUUGGACAGAGUUCAACCACUUCCUAACUUUCAAUUUUGAAAAGAAGGAAAUUUAUUUUAUAGUGCGCUCUAACACCAAGGAAUUUCUUCUCCGAAUAGUUUAUCUGUACACGUAUUCUUUUGUGGUCAAAGACCACUACGGUGCUUGUACGGGGGAGUUUUGAGGUGAGACUUGGAGUACACUAUCGUGUCGUGUCGGGUAGGUGUUAUUGUAUUGUCUGUUAACCCCGGAAACCUACGCCCGUAAUACAAUGGAUGUUCCCCAGCUUACUGAAGACGAAAUGGCUGAAAUAAAAAAGGAAGCUCUAGAACGAUUGAGACCAUAUCUCUGUGAUACAAUCAUGGCUGAAAGACAUUUUGAUUACCUGCGUGCCAAGAAGAUCCUCACCAGAGAGGACACAGAGGAGAUCAGCUGCAAAAACACAAGCAAAAAGAAGACUGGAAAGCUGCUUGACUAUCUAGCAGAAAACCCAAGGGGUCUGGACACUCUGAUUGAAUCCAUCCAGCGUGGGAGAAUCCAGAAUUUCAUCAUCACUAAAAUCACUGAUGAAGUACAGAAGGUCAGAAAUGAAAGACUGGAAAGCAUGAAAGCCGGAGUCACCAGUAGCAGCUGCGUGCCACCCAAGUGUAUGGGUGCAACAAACAACCUCUCCAGAACAUUUUCAUAUGAGUCCAUCUAUGAGAAAGGCAGAGAUUCCACCUUGCUGUUGCACCCUGAAGGGGAAUGGAGUCCUGGCACAUCCACUGCUGUUUCCUCAAUGAAUUUGCAAUAUGGAUCCAUGUUGGAAAAGGGAACUACAGUAGCCAGUAACAGUGUGUCUUCCACGCUUCCAAAGCCUGGAGACCCGGGGGCCCCAGCGCUCCCUGAUGAGCUGCAGUCAGAGCCCGAGGGGACCUGUGGAAGCACCAGCAGUGAUGCACAGUUUCAACCACUCCGCUCGAGGUCUCUGUCACCAUCACAGCCUCACUUUUCCUAGGAAGAAAUGAUAACCUCUUUUCUCUCUGAAUUUAAGGUGGCUGUUGGGAUUCUGAUGUAUAAAUAAUCUGUACAGUACCUUGAAACACUCGAUCAUAAAUUCUGAGAUAAAACGAUAAGAAAUCAAGCUUUGGAUUACAUUUGGAUUACAUUAUGGUACCGCUAUCCUUUUAGGUGCCAGAUUUCAAAACAAACAGUAACUAAUAAAGAGAACUGGUUGAAGGUA